AUGCGCCGCCCAUUAUUUCGGUAUCUUCGACACGGAGUACCCAUAACUCUGAGGAUCGCUAUUAAUUGUCAGAUUUGGCGCUGGCCUGUCCAUCGUGACCUACUUCUCGUCAAAUUGUGUUUGCUCCCAGUUGGGCUAGCCGUAAUGAUCACGUGGGUUUGCUUCCGCAAUGAUUCCCGCAUCGGAUGGCCACUACAAUCUGUCAUUGGCAUCAUAUUCGUCGCUUGGAUUCUGAGUUGCAACGUGCCAUGUCCUUCCCUUAAGCUCAUCACCUCUAUUUUCGCCCUGUUCGUGCUGUACGAUGUGUUUUUCGUUUUUAUCACUCCCUACUUCACAUCACACCACAGUCGAACGGUGGAACCCAGUUCUGUCGCUGCACAAGGGUCACUCCGCCUUCCUCGUUCUACUGAUCUCCAAGAGAGCUACAUGGAAGCUAUCGCCACAGGAUCGGCUGGCAAAAGUGGUGAGAAUUUACCCGCCAGUUUCCGAUUCCGUGUUCUCCUUCCUUCUGGCGUAUUCGGAUGUUCCACCCACGAGUAUGGAAUGCUUUUAGGAUAUGGGGAUGCCGUAUUUCCAGGGCUUUUGUCUGCUUAUUUGGCUCUGUUCGACUCCGUGUGGCAUAUUCGGUUUCGGAGGAAUUACUUGGCCUCUCUCUUCGGUACAGUCUCUACUGAUUCUUAA